AAAAGAUUGAAGCCGAAAUGAGAUGAGAUGGGAUCUGACUUUUCUCUUUCUCGUUUCAACUUGGUUUCCUUUCAGAAUGAGCGCAAAGAAGGAAAAGAAUGCGACGUUCUCUCUUAUCUCUGGAACUGUUGCCGGAGCAAUCGAAGGAGCCGUAACCUACCCUACAGAAUACGUCAAGACACGACUUCAACUUCAAGCAGGAGGAAAGCUAGCGGCAGGAGAACUUCGCUUCAACGGUCCUAUUGACUGCUUGGUCAAAACGAUACGAACACACGGAGUAGGAGCAGUUUACACUGGAAUGUCUGCUCUGGUUAUUGGAAAUGCUGCCAAAGCUGGUGUCCGAUUUUUAGCAUAUGACAAAAUCGCAGACGCACUUCGUGACAAAGAUGGAAAGUUGACCGGAUCUCGAAAUGUUCUCGCUGGCCUCUGUGCUGGCAUGACGGAAGCCAUCCUUGUAGUCACGCCAUCGGAGACAAUCAAGACCAAGCUCAUCCACGAUAAGAAUAGCGCGAAUCCACAGUACAAAGGCUUGAUUCACGGCACGAGUUUGAUCAUUAAAAAUGAAGGUCUAGGAGGUGUAUAUAGAGGGUUGUUCCCGGUCAUGAUGCGACAAGGUGCAAACAGUGCCGUUCGAUUUACAAGCUAUUCAACACUCAAAGCACAAGUCCAGCAAUGGAGAAACAAGGGCGAUGCACCACUGCCGGCAGCGCAUACCUUUGCUAUUGGCGCGACCGCAGGUAUCAUCACUGUGUACACUACCAUGCCGCUCGAUGUUGUAAAGACUAGAAUGCAGGGACUGGAUGCCCGCAACUUGUACAAGAACUCCUUGGACUGCUUGAUCAAGGUUGUCAAAUCAGAUGGUGUCCUUUCGUUGUGGAAAGGAACUACCCCAAGACUAACCCGUCUCAUUUUCUCUGGAGGUAUUGUGUUUACGGUGUAUGAGAAGGUAUACAACGUACUUGCGAGCCAAGCCAGUCAAUAAGCUGUGGUCACAAGCCGGUUUUUUUUUUUUUUUCACAUGGCGCACAUGCUCUUCAAAGAAUCAAAUGCCCAUUUGGUACGAUAUUUACAUGGGAUAUGGCCGAUAGAAGCAAAAAUGGCUGUAGUGUACAAAUAAACACUCUAUAGAUUAAGAAGACUUAGC